AUAAGGUGUAGUGGGAGUUCCAGGAGAAACGUUCUUUGUCUCGUGCGGUGUGAAAAUGUUUCACUAUUAGGGCUAAUUGCUGAAAUAGUGCUGCGGUUUUUCGGAAUACAGAUAUUACAUGUCGAAAAUUGUGUCAAAGUAAACGGAAUUAUAGAAAGCGUUGAGUUUGCAAAGUGUUACGUACAGGUUGAAAUGUGAAAUAAUAAAUUAUGGAAUUUUCAAUGUCACGUUUAACAGGAAUAUUAAUGAACUAAAGUGGAACAGGCCUACAUUAAAUGCACGUCCUUAGUGUAAAGUGGGAGAACUAUGUCCCAGAAAAUAUGUCUCGUAGCAUCUGGGAUACACUAUGACACCCUAAACAACAAUUACAGACAUACAAACGGACGCAGGCUUACCAUGGCAACGGGGCCACCUAACUACAAGAUCAUCUUGUGUGGGGAGUACGGCGUGGGGAAAAGCUCAUUAUUCCGUAGAUUUAUGAACGAUACGUUCUCAACAGAGCGAGGUAAAAAGUCGACCAUAGGGUUAGACCAGGCUUCACAGAGUUUCCAUGUUGCCGGAGAAGAAGUAAAGUUGACGUUAUGGGACACGGGCGGGAUGGAACGAAUGAGCUUCAUCGGGCAGAGUUAUUACAGAGGCGCGCAUGCGGCACUUCUGUGUUACAGUAUAAAUAACAAAGAAACAUUUUCCAUCCUGUCACAGUAUAUCUUAGACAUUGUCAUGAAUGCUGAAGGGGCCAAAAUAUUUUUGUGCGGAAAUUUUGCAGACUGUGAAAGUGAAGAUAGGGUAAAUGAAACAGAUAUAGAAAAUUUUACGAGAGAGUGCGGAAAUGUUCUUUCUGGAUCAUAUCAAGUUUCUUGUAAAGACGGUACUAGUGUUAAAGACAUGUUUGCAGACAUGGCACGCGUCCUUCAUCAAGAAAAUUCAAAGAAAAUGACAUUACGUAAGGAUCUCGUAAUUCAACCAGGACUUACUCCAGAACAGCCAGAUCAUAAAAAGAAAUGUUGUACGUCAUCUUGAUUUUACAUAUAAUUUUAGAUUUAUUGAUUUUUAUAAUUUUCAUGCAUUCAGUGAAACUUCAUUCUUGUGAUCUGAUCGAAAAUUGAUUUACCCUUGAACUUACUUUUUUCUGACGUCAUAGACUGCCAUACAUUCUUACCAGUUAGGUAAAUAUUUCUCGAAUUGCACAUCUUGCAUUAACUUUCAAGUCAGAGGUGACCAAACAAGAGCAGGAGACAAUAUUUGUUUGAUUGAAAGGGAACUGACUGGACAAACUAAAAGACAAACACAUAUACAGAUGGAUGAACAGGUGGAUGGACAGACAGACAUACAAAUAAAUUGACAGACAGACAGAUGGACAGAUGAUCAAGAGUUUUACUGUACUUUUGUUAUUUUACCAUAUAUUUAGAAAAUAUAUAUUUAAAUAUUUAACCAGGGAUCAUUAUGCACAUUAUUCACCAUGACUUCAUUCAGAAAUUUACUCAUUAUAAAAAAUUGUUUAGUAAGAUGGUUUAUUCAAAUUUUUAAUGUCUCUGUUGUAAAGAUUCUUGAUAAUUUUUAUUCUAGUCAUAAAUUUCUUGUGUAUAUUAAUCAGAUACUUUGUCUCUUAGCUUUUUUGUCUAAUUUUAAGGAAACUUUUACCAAAAUGCUGAUCAUAGUUUUGAAACUGUUUCAAAAUAGUUAUGUUUUUGCCAUAUAGUGCACUUUGACUCAUAUAUUUCAUUAGCCUUACUGCAAAAUUAUCAUAAUGGUUAAGUGAUUUGUUGUGAUUGUUUGUUAAUUGUUUGAUUGUUGUUGUUUUUUUUCAAAUAUUUUGUUAAAUACUUGUCACUGGUAACAAAGCAGGACUUCCAAAAAACUUAGUAAUGUGACUUUGAUUGUUUGUUCUUAAAACGGUAAUGAACAAUGUGAAUCAAACUGCACUUUUUGAAAGAUAUUAAAGAUAAUAAUGUUCUAUUUAUAGACACUUGAUAUUAGUAUAAAAUCCAGGAUUUGUUGUGCCUUAGUGAUAUCUCUUCAUUUAUUAGAAAUUAAUUUUGUGCCUUAUAUUUUUCAGAGUUUUAAUGCAACAAGAACACAAAAGCAGGGAACAAGGUCCAUAAAUAAUAACAAAUUCCUCAGUUUGAGUUCAUUUUGGCAGCUUAAUUUGAGUUCUUUGAGUGUUUCUCUUUCUUCAGUUGUCAAUUUUCUACUCAAAAUUUAAAUGUAUGCUAUUAUCUUGAGAUGCAUUUUAAAGAGUGACUGUUGCAUGACUGGACUCCCCUGUAUCUAAAAAUGUUUCAUCACUUAAACAAAUCCAAGUAGAGAAUCUCAUCGGCCACUCAGGGCAAUGUCUGUUUUACAUUUUUAUUCUGUAUGAUUUACAAAUGAUCUAACUUUUUAAGGUGGUGCUCUCAGUUGAAGGCUCUUGUGUUAAAUUUCAGUAGAAAAGAUUUGGUUCCCGUGGCAGCAAAUAUGAAAAAUGCCUCUUCCAGUAGGGGACUUUCAUUGCUUGGCAACAGUCUUGUUUCAUCUAGAAGCCAAAAAUAUUGUUUUAUAAAAAUUCAUUUCUUAGUUGCCGAAUCGGGUGGAAUAAUCAAAAUUUUCUCUUUUAAUUUGAAAAAUCUUGUUAUGUUGUAUUAAGUUCUUAAAACCUUACUUGCAAGCAUAUUGGGUAGAAAACAAAUCUGAACACUCAGUUUAGAACUCUCUUUGAUGAAAAUGCAUGUUCACAAUAGUUGUAUAUUCUAAAAGUUCCUUAGUUAUAAUAGCAUCUGUUUCGUAGAAAUAUAAUCGUUUCAGCAUGAUAACUUGUUACCUGCUUUUAUUUGUAUAAUCAUGGUAAUAUUGCCAACCCUGGAUUCAUUAACACAGUGUAUUGCUGAUGUCACACAAUUAGUUUGUUAAUGUAAUGGUUUUCAUA